CUCGUCGUCGUCGUCUCUCUCCCUCUCGUCGUCCCCGUUCUUCCCUUUCGCCACCAUGCACCACCUCUCUGCGUCUACCUCUGCCGUCCGCCGCCAGGCCGCAAAGGCCGUCAAGCCGGUUCUUGCCCGCGGCGCGCACAAGGAGAUCAAGUUCUCCAACGAGGGUCGUGCUGCCAUCCUCCAGGGCGUUGACGUCCUUGCCAACGCUGUCUCUGUUACCCUCGGUCCCAAGGGUCGCAACGUCAUCAUCGAGCAACCUUUCGGCGGCCCGAAGAUCACCAAGGAUGGUGUUACUGUAGCAAAGUCAAUAACGCUCAAGGACAAGUUUGAGAACCUCGGUGCUCGUCUCGUCCAGGAUGUUGCGCAAAAGACGAACGAGAUUGCCGGUGACGGCACGACCACCGCGACCGUCCUCGCGCGUGCCAUCUACUCGGAGGGUGUCAAGAACGUCGCUGCUGGCUGCAACCCCAUGGACCUCCGCCGUGGUUCCCAGGCCGCCGUCGAGCGUGUCGUCGACUUCCUCUCGAAGCAGGCAAAGACGAUCACCACGACCGCCGAGAUUGCCCAGGUCGCAACCAUCUCCGCGAACGGCGACGCGCACGUCGGCAACCUCAUUGCGCAGGCCAUGGAGAAGGUCGGCAAGGAGGGUGUCAUCACCGUCAAGGAGGGCCGCACGAUUGAGGACGAAAUCGAGAUCACGGAGGGCAUGCGCUUCGACCGCGGCUACAUCUCCCCCUACUUCGUGACCGACGUCAAGAGCCAGCGCGCGGAGUUCGAGAAGCCGCUCAUCCUCCUCUCUGAGAAGAAGAUCAGCGCGCUCCAGGACAUCCUCCCCACACUCGAGAUUGCUGCUCAGUCGCGUCGUCCCCUCAUCAUUAUCGCGGAGGACAUUGACGGCGAGGCGCUCGCGGCGUGCAUCGUCAACAAGCUCCGCGGCCAGCUCCAGGUGUGCGCGGUCAAGGCGCCCGGCUUCGGUGAUAACCGCAAGUCCAUCCUUGGUGACCUCGCCAUCCUCACCGGCGGUACUGUGUUCACCGACGAGCUCGACAUCAAGCUCGAGCAGGCCACCGCGGACAUGCUCGGUUCGACCGGCUCGAUCACGAUCACGAAGGAGGACACUAUCGUCCUGAACGGCGCGGGCUCGAAGGACGCCAUCCAGGCGCGCUGCGAGCAGAUCCGCUCGCUCGUCGAGGACCGCACGACGUCCGACUACGACCGCACCAAGCUUCAGGAGCGCCUUGCCAAGCUUUCCGGCGGUGUCGCCGUGAUCAAGGUCGGCGGCUCGUCCGAGGUCGAGGUCGGCGAGAAGAAGGACCGGUAUGACGACGCGCUGAACGCGACGCGCGCGGCUGUCGAGGAGGGUAUCCUGCCCGGUGGUGGUGUCGCGCUCUUGAAGGCAUCGCUCGCGUUGACGUCUGCGUCGCAGGCGGGCCAGCCCUCGACGCCUUCGUCGCCUGACGCGAAGCCCAUCCCGACCGCGAACUUCGACCAGGACCUCGGUGUCUCCAUCAUCAAGCGCGCGCUCACCCAGCCGUCGCGCACGAUCCUGAAGAACGCGGGCGAGGAGUCGUCCGUCAUCGUCGGCACGCUCCUGAACUCAUACGGCGCGGCGGACAAGUUCUCGUGGGGUUACGACGCGAGCAAGGGCGAGUACGUCGACAUGAUCCAGGCCGGGAUCGUCGACCCGCUCAAGGUCGUGCGUACGGCGCUGAUUGAUGCCGCGGGUGUCGCGUCGCUGCUCACGACGAGCGAGGCGUGCGUCGUCGAGGCCGACGAGCCCAAGCCUGCAGGCGGUGCGCCUGGCGGCAUGGGCGGAAUGGGUGGCAUGGGCGGUAUGGGCUUCUAAGCGGGUCGUAGACUUGCGGCCGUGCAUUAAGCCGGCGGUGCCUUCAAAAGUACUCUCUAGUGCUCGUGCUAGUUCUCGAUCCCACCCUCACACUCACGUUGUUCUCGUCGCGCAUUUUCCUGGCUUUGGUCUGUCGGUCUUACAUGCUGCUUACUGCUAUCCUACAUCCAUACAUACGUACUAUUCGCCCACUAGUGUACUCGCUCUCUGUUCCCGUCAAUCUCGCUCACGCUACAUGCACUGCAAUGACAUGACAUCCCCACUCC